CCAACAUCCAACGCAAUGCAAUGGGUGAAUCCGUCAAGCCCACCAAGCAAGCCAGCAAAAACGGGCGAGCGAGUCAAGCGAGAGUCCAAGCCAAGACCCCGCGUCGCCAGGGGGCACCAGCCAGACCAAUCCCCACCGCGGAGCCAUCAAUCUGUAACUCGCCUAUCAACUGAAACUCCAAACAUCAGUCUCACCUGCACGGCCUGGCCCGCUGUACACGAAUCCAUCCACUUCCUCGUCCUCUUCCCAUCCGGCAGAAUCCCUCACUACCGCUUUGAACACCACCAGAGUGUAUCACGCCAUUCCGCUAGCGCUCCCUCCCCGAUCCCCUCGCCUUGACUUGCCCACCUAACUGCUGACUUACAUGUGUAGUCUACCCUUCACAUCCUGUAACUUGAUGGACGGCAGCACGCCAAUGUUUCAUCCCAUCAUCGCCAUCUUUUAUCCCCGCAUCGUUUGCCGUUCCCUGCAGUUUGUGGUGCCAAAGGCAAUGCCGUUUGGGUCCCCGAGUAUACCCAACGCAUAACCUUUUAUGCAUAUCAUCCAUCCACCAACUCGUACAUCCAUCCGUUGCCACUCAGCACAAUCGCGCGCGUUACCUCAAACAAUAGGCAAACCCUUCUGCCUCACUCCUUGUAGAACCGCCGUCACGUAUAUACAGCGCUGCCAAACGUUUCACUCAGGUCCAGACACAUACCCACACCCAUGGAAAGACUAAUCCCCGUUCAAGAACAAAAAAAGGGAACGAACCAUCCAUAAAAAGAAGCGUCUCCGGUUUUCUGGCCGCUUUCUGUCCUUUGAGCAACCCCCAGUUGCCGUUACUGUCGGUAUUCUUAGUUUCGUUUCGCACUCCGCCCGCCCAAUCGCAUGCCCCCUUGGCAUGUCAAUCUUCACCACAAACUGCCCGACAUUGGCUCACGUCGACAGCUGAAGUUUUUCCUUUUCUACCUCUUACGUGCAUAGGGCAGGCAGAACGCUGCACCUAGAUUGCAACAGCUAUGCGUGAAUUGAGCGUCGUCACGCGCAAAGUCCAGCACGAUGCGUGGUGUAUCUCACACAGGCUGCAGAUGAAAACUUUCCCCCAUAAGCGAGGAGAGACCCUGAUACAGAUGCAGAUACAAUAUUCCGAUUCGCGGCCUUGCGCGAUCGUGUCUACCCGAACAAAGUGACAAUCCUCUCCUCGUCGGGCAGGUAGCUGUGGUCACACGGGAAUGCUUACGCUUCUCCCAUAGACGUUGCGUAUUGAGACAACGAUGCGACAGAUUGAUGUAAAUCUCGUUGGCAAGGGCCGGCGUUGACGAUACAGUGGCAUUCAGGAUGCAAUCCGAGGAGUGGAGACGAAAAGAACCAACGUCCAAUGUUGAUACGCGGGACCG